CCGUGUUUUUCAUGCAUAUUGCAAUAUUGUAGGUUAGGUAGGCCGUACUUCCGUCAUGAAAUAUUGGGGAGUCCCGAAUCCUAAAGCUUGAAAGUGGCACCGGAGUGUUCCCAAAUUAACCCAUUUCAGUCUAAAACGUUGACGAAAGUGUGCAAGAGUAAUGAUGGGAAGUGCUUCAAGUGGUACCAGCAGCAGCGACAGUGAUGAUGACAGCAGUAGCUUUGAUACGAGUGAUGGAGAAGGUCAGAAGGUCACCUCAACCAAACAAGAUGCAGAAGGAGGAGACAAGACUGACUUUGAUCUGUCCCAGUUAUUUCAUCACUCCAGCUUGCGAGAAGCAGCAUCCAAAGUCAAAGACUACAUUCCCGAGUCGAUGCUCCAGAAACAUCACAGUUACAUGCUGAGUUGGCUGGAGGAGAAAGACCACCGUCAUGAGGAGGCUGUUUCCUUGUCGCAAUUCUGUGAAUUUCUGAUGGCCAGAGGAGUUGGGCGAGACGACUGUGUGGAGGCAUUUGAUCAGUUUGAUGUGGACGGUGAGGGAUUCAUUGAGGUGGCCAGCAUGUUGGAGACCUUCAAGUCAUCCAGUGGCGCUAACCUGACAGGGGAGCUGUCCUACGUGGUACGCACACUGCAGACGUGCAGUCUAACACCAGGACUAGUGGAUGUGUAUUCUACCAACAGGGAGGGCAUAGGUCAGCAUGGAAGGAAACUAGUCAAAUACAUUUUGAGGAAUCGGGCACCGAGCACCGGACUACCGUUCUUCUAUUUGAACAGCUUCAGUAACAUCACCUCCAUGAGGCUGAUUGUCCUCAAGAAAUACCUGAACCAGAAACAGAAAGAAACAGCUAUGAAGGAGUUGAUACAGGACGAAGGGGGCAGCGUCAAAGUAGUCAGCAAGUGUUACAAGUGGAUCCGCGUAUCAUCCACCCACAAUUCAGUGCAAUGGCUGGAGGACAACGACCCCAGCACCUACUGGCAAUCCAACGGCCACGCGCGCUCCCACUGGGUUCGGAUGCGCCUGAAGGACGACGUGUACCUCCAGCAGCUGUCCAUCAAGGUUGCCCAGUCGGACCAGAGCUACAUGCCCCAGGAGGUAGCGGUACUGACUGGCCGCACACCCAACGCCCUGCACACCAUCCGGGAAGUCUCCAUCCCAAGUAGCACGACCGGAGACGUGACCUUACUUGACAAUGCGCACGUCAUCGGUCCCUAUGUGCAGAUCAACAUCGUCCGUUGCCAUAGCGACGGGUGCGAUGUCAGGAUUCACGGCGUCAAGACUAUGGGUUAUAGGUCAAUCCCGGACUCAGAGGUUUCUGUUCAGGACGCUUCAAUCAUGUGGUACUUCAAUGUUGUUGCCUCGACGUCCACAAUUACCAUGGCAACGAACCCGCAGCUGAAACAGAUGAUCCUUCAACACACAAGGACCGCCUUGUCCAACAUGCCCCUGUCUCUUGCCUCGACCAGACUCGGCAGGAAUCCCUUCCCCAGCCCGCUGGUCUUAAAUCAGGCCGAAGAAUUCCUCACGUCCGUGGCAAGGAAUGCUGAUGGUGUGUUGGACAUGGAGGGUAUCAAGAUUCUGUUGGAGUUGUCUCUAGCAAGGGGCAUCAUGGCCCAGGUGAUCAAGGCAUUGCAGCACGUACUAGACAGCAAGGAAGAAUCCAUUGCGGCCGUCAAGUUACUGAAGUCACUGAAUGUUGUCUCUGAUAGAAUGAUGCGGAAAUACGCUAACCAGUUUUCCGUGACUGUCGCCGGAUGUGAUGGUGGGGAAAAAUCCCCCGAAUCUGGCCCCAGCAAAGUCCUGACCAGCAGUUGGAGCACUGACCCAUACAUAUCUGAAAAGACAAAGGUCAACAUGUUCUUUGUCAGUGAGACGCCAGUCCAUGUCACCAAAGUACAAAUCAAGGUUUGCAAGGGAACCAUCGGGCCUGCAGCUGGCUUCGUCUUCGUCUAUGAUGAUGAAGAGGAAUUUGAACUGCAGCGCCACCUCGCCAAGUUUGAGGCGUACGACAACUGGACACCGAGUGAAUAUCGUAUUCUCAAUGGACUAAGAUCUGUCUCAAUCGUUGGGAAGCCUGACAACCCGGUUGCCUUCUUCACUAUGAACAACGAUUGGGAUGAGGCAGACGUUCAGCUUGACCAGAUCACCCUGGGCCGUUACAUCCUGGUCAAGUUCCUGAGACCCAGGGAUCCUGUGAACGCAGAGAGGCUUGGUAUCCUCGGUAUCAGGUUCUUUGGCCACGCCACAAACUCCUCAUCUGUUGACAACACGAUCAAGUCGCUGAUUGCACCACUCCCAUUUGAUCAGGAAGCCCCAGUCACUGCAGCAGAUCUCUGUGUGCGAGUUCUCCACUUCGUUGUCGGGAUAACAAAAUGUCAGGAGCAGUCAAAGAAAUCUGAGAGUUCCAACGGCAAGCUGGUGGGCCUGGACAUGCAGGCAGUGUCCCUGGAUCUCCUCAGCAAGUUCUACUACGCCAUGCCAACCACAUCUCCCCAGUGGACGCUGGCGCGGAUGCUGACCCUCAAGUUGUUGCACAGCAGCUACCCGUACAUCAUGAGCAAACUAGAGAGCGACACGGCCAAACUCAAACUGAAGAAAAUCAUCACUCAGGCCCUGCCGGCGGAUGAAGGAGCUGUGGCCAUGCUGCAAAAGGAGAAUGCCAAGCCAGACUGGUUAGUUCAGUGGGAGGAAUGCAGCCAAACCAUGUUCACUCAUCUCUGUGACCUGGUCAACCAGGAUACCCCGGCCCAAGGCCCUGACGCACUGCUGCAAGAGGCAGCCAAGGAGGCUAUCCUUGAUGGAGCUGCCGUCUUCUUUCCAGACAAGGAGAAGCGAAAGAAAGAACUGUUUCAUCUCAUGGAUCUACUGAGCAGCAACGUGGAAUCAGCCACUAACUUGGUCUUUCAGUCCUUGUGUCAUCAUUUUGGGAGCGUCGACACGAGAGGUCUGCUCACUCUACCCUCUGACCCAACUGAGGAGAACUUUGAUGCUCAAGCAAUCUUCAGUGUGUUCGGGACUCUGCAGUCUGUCGUCUAUAAGGAGUUUGAAACUAGUCUGAGCAACCCAGCAGAACUACCAAAAGGCCAGUCCUACGUCAGUAAGCUUCUGGGUGCACUACUGGCAAGCCUGAUGGCAUGGUGUAAGGAUCUACUACAGGCCAAGACUCCUAACCCAAUGCACACCAAGCUAGCUCAUGAUGCUAUACUCAAGUACACCAGCAUGCAGUGUGCCAAAAGUGUCAGCGCUCUCAACCACCUCCAUGAACAUCUCGCGCAACGGCAAGACGAGCUGACACAGCUUGAGAACGACAUCAGGGUCAAAAAUGAAAUGAUACUCAAUGUAAAAAUUCCUAAGAAAGACCAGGAGGAAAUGCAGAGGGAAGAUGAGAAGGAUCAGUCUAAGGAGGGAAUUGCAGCGCAGGAGCAGCAGCUUUCUGAAGAGUCAGCAACAGAUGACAGGACUAAACAGCAACAGCAAGAACAAAAACCCUCAGAUGACACAGAGAAAAUGGAAGUAGUGACGCAUAAAGAAUUACCUGAAGCAGCAGCCAAGGACACUGUCAGCGAGCAACAGCAGCAGCAACAGCAACAACCAGUCCUGAAGGAAAUAGAGGAUGCAGCAGUAAAAGCUGAGACACUUCAAGAAGAUGCGGAACAGCCCAAGCCUUCCGUAAAAGACUCUGCAAUGCCUGUGAAGGAAGCAGCAACAGACCAGCAAGAGGAACACCAACAAGAGCAAGAACAAGGACAGCAGCAGCAACAACAGCAACCAGUCCUGACGGUAAUAGAUGGUUCAGCAGCAAAGACUGAGACACAGCAAGAACAAGUGGAACAGCCCAAGCCUGCAGUAAAAGAAGCAGCAACAGAACAACAGCAGGAAGAGCAGCAAGAGCAACAAGAAGAACAACAGCAGCAACAAGAGAAAGUCACCGACAGCAGCGAGAAAGAACCCGAAAACAAACUCGGCCUGGAGGAAGAGCUACAGAUCCUAGUGGAGCAGCGACACCAGCGCGUUGAGCUGCAGCAGCUGCAGCAGCGUCUGUUGGAGCUCAAACAGCAGCGGCAGAAACUCAUCGAUGCGCUGCAGUACAGCUUCGUCGGGACAACAAUGAGGCAACUGACCCUGAUGCUGAUUCUGCUGAGUGAGCAGUGUUUGCCCCAGUCUAUAUUGGGUGACAUCAUGCAAGUUUCUGUAGCAGUCAAACAGCUCCAGGAGCUCUUGGGAUGUGACUUUAAUGAGAGUCUGAUUGAUGACACAAAGGAAGACACAACCAAGAAGGAAAAGGAGAAGGUUGUCCUACGCAAAUGGGAGGUGGAGUCGGCCCACAAGUACGCCCACAACCAGCACUAUAUCCAGGUCUUCAACUGCCUGGGAGCUCAGGUCUUCCAGGUGGACUUUGAUCCACGCUGCGAGACGGAAUUGAGGUACGAUUACCUAGAAUUCACGGAUUCCUUUGGCAAGAAGACUGUCUAUGAUCAGAAGGUCGGCAGUGAUAAGUGGCCGGUGUCCCAUAUCUUCAAGUCACCCCACCGUCUACAGUUCCUCUUUCAUUCUGACAGCAGCAAUAACGAAUGGGGAUACAAAUUCACCGUGACAGCUUUAGGGUCUCGUGAUAUCCAGUUUUCCUGGCUCUACGACCUCCAGCUGAGUCUGGCCAAACUGCAAGGGAAGAUCUGCUCCUCGUUCCUCAAUCCUCCAAAACCCAAGUCUGUGGAGAAACCAGCCAGCUCAUCAGAUGACCAGGAGCAGAGCUUGAAGGCAGCCGCUGAGAACCUACUCAAGGGGGAGCUCUGGACGACGCUGUUCAGAGGAGGUCACGAGGUCGCCAGGCUGACACGCUCAUUCUCUGGAAUCCAUGCCACUGAACCCAUUGAGUCAGUAAUCAACGAUUUUCUAGUUGGAGUUGCAAACAGCUCCCCUGGUGCACCAGCUACCUUUAUCAGCAAAUGCCAGUCCCUCUAUCACAUGCCUUCAGUCGGUGGGGAGCUGGUCAACAGUGCAGUCGUGUCAGUGUUUGCUGCCCUCUUGUGGCACUCGCAGGAGCUUCGAAGCACAAUUCCCACAUAUGUUGAACCCGAUUCUCCGUCAAAGCCCAGCGACGGCAUAUUACAAGCAUUCAGAACUGCUGAGGGACUUAGACCACUCCUUAUUGACCUGCGACAGAAGCAACUUGCAGCGCAGGAGAAAGAUCCAAAAACAGGAUGCUUGGAAGUUGAACCCAUUGGAGUGGUUCGAGAUAAGGCCAGGUUUCUGCUGCAGUUUGCCGGGCUGACAAAAUUGGAAAAGAAAGUCGAGCUGCAGCGAAGAUGCAGUGACCUAUACACAAGGAGUAAGUCACUGGACCUCAGAGCCAUGAAGGAACGGCAAAUCUCCUCAGAGAUGAAUGCUGCAUUCCAGGGUACAGCAGAGGAAGGCACAGUGCUGAGCCAGUAUCCUGAGUUUAAACUGGUCCUGGAUUUCGUCAAGAACCCUCACCUCACCGUUGAAAGGGUGGGACGUCUUAAAGAGGAGCGUCAGGAACGAGCCAAGGCCGUGGCCGACGUCUACCAGUUUGCCUGCCGAUUCUUGAAGGCCAGCGGCAAGCCCACUGUCUUCCAAUCGGACUGCCUGCAAUUCCUCAAGGAAAUGCUCUUCUCAAAAUCCACCGCUGAAAUGCACUAUGCAAGUGGACUGGAUGGUUGUGGACUUGAGUUGGAGGCUAGGCUGAGAGGCUCCUAUUACCUCCUGGUGCAGAGUCUAGUCGAGGCUGUCCAAAGCUUUGACUGCACUGACCAAUCAGAGGAGGUAGAGACUGGCUAUGCCUGCAUGGAGGCUUGUCUGCUUCAUCUACUCGAUGUGGACUGGCAACCCUACGACUUGAAGUUUCUCUGCGACAUCAAGGCACCCUCACUGCUGCUUAACAUUGCAAAACGGAAUGUGAGCGCCCGAGACGAGCAUUCCAGCAUUGCGGACGAAGCCCAACAGCUGGAGGCGCACAAGCAGUGCAUGGGGUGGUUCAAGGAGUUCCAGACCAGCUCAGGCAAUCGGUUCUCAGGUUGGUUCCACAAUAUCCAGCAACAGGACACAUUGGAAAAGAGAAGGGCCAUGCAUAUGCUUGUCGCUCGUUACUGCGAUCUCCUGCCUGAGAUUGUUAUGGUUUGCGACGGUUGUGCGGCCACGUUACGGGGAGCUCACUAUCAUUGUCUGGAGUGCGAAGCGUUUGACUUCUGUCGCUCGUGCUUCUUUGGUGGUGUCCAGGUUGAAGGCCACCGUGACGACCAUCUUAUGGUGGAUUUCAGGUAUAACUGUGACUUCUGCCACGGCUUCAUCGUGGGUACUCGCAUUCACUGCAACAUCUGUGAUGACUUUGACUUGUGCUACGGCUGCCAUCAUGCGCAGGACUUCCCUGAAGGGCACACGGCCUUGCACUGCGUGGAGGUAUUUCCUAUGAAGACGGUGACGUCGGACAUGCAGCAGGGGACCUUGCUAGAAACCUACAGCCAUCAUCAUGCCUGGCUGCUGUUCAGCUCACUGGCUCUGUCACUGGCCGAUAUGAUGCACACUGCUCAGAGUCGAGUUGUCAAUCUAGAGUACACGGCCACAGCCAGUAAGCUGUUCCAGCAGUGUAUUGAGCUGGCCACUCAGUGCCUACCCACUGUUGCUCAGCCCCGCCCAGAAUUAGAAAGUAAGAAGGAUGAGAAAGAAGCGGCGAAGACUUCUGAGAAGGAUGUUGAGGAGAAACCGUCUGAAAUAAGUGAGAAGAAAGACUCGGAAGAGACUGAAUCAGCCGUGGAGGACAACGAAAAGUUACAUGAGAAGGCCUUCAUAGCCAACUCUCAAGCUAGAGUGCUGGGGUUGCUAGGGGCCAUGCUACUAGAAAACACACGGCUCGACAGCUCACCACUAAGGCGACUUCACUCACACGACCUUCACAUCGGAACAAUCUUGCCCCUUUUACUGAAAUUAGCCAAAGAACCAAACACCAGUGGCAACAACAACUGCCAGCACCAGAUCGUGGCCUUGCUGGGCCAACUCCUCAUCCACAUCUUGCCCAAGGAAGCUGACGAGGUCAUCCGCCGAUCCCAAGCCCUGGCCUCGCUCCAAGGAAUGGGUAAGAGCAGCGGGGCUGCGGUGGCGGCGUCUCAAGGAGCCCAAGGCGACGAUGCACCCAACAUGGAUAAGGAGGAGGCAGGAGAAGGGACGGAAGAGAAGUUGGACGGAGCGCUGACUGUGGAUUUUCUGUUUGAGCUUGGAGCGUCAUGCCUUGAAAAGAGUGGUCUAGAGUGGACAUCCCUGAUGGCCAGCAUUCUCCAGCGUCUGUGCCUGGUGCCGUCUUGGCAGAUGGUCUUGGCGCACAAGAUCACUACCACCAUCCAGUGUCUGCCGCAGCAGUGCCCUCUGCCUUGUAUCUUUACACUGUUUGUGGUAGCAGGCUUUCCUGAGGUCCUGUGUCUUGGAAGUUCCGUCAAGUAUGUAGAGACACUAGGGGAGCAGGCCAACGUGAUUGUCAUGAAACAUCUCGUCGAGAAGAACAGGGUGGUGGUGACGGACGUCAGAACAAGAAAGAAGAAACAGGUGAAGGAUUACAAGCUGGUGAUGGAUGAGGAGUUGGGGCAGAGUCUGAAACCAGACCAAUUCUCUUUCUUCAUUACCAUCACCAAAGAUAUCCUGACAAAGCUCAAAGAAGGUGGGGAGCUCAGUGUAGAGACAGUGUGGGUGCUGUAUCUGAUCAUGAAGGCCAUUCUUACAAAUAUAAAGAACAGGGCAAGUGCUCAGUUUGUGAGAUCGGGGAGCGGCGGUUCUGAUGGUAGACUGGAGCUUCUCAACAGCGAGCUAAUUCCACUGCUUGUGCACCUGGCGAGUCAGGCAACCAAACUCAGCCGUCAGUGGAUCUUGAGGGAUUUAGAGGUACUAUCCAUUCGCCUCUACACCUAUGGCAAGUCCGGCUCCACGACAGUCUCUCUCAGCGGGCCCGAUCUCACCACUGUGGUCAUCGACGGUGACAAGCCUACGACCCCGGGUGACGGUGACGCAGAUGACAAGGACAAUAGUGACGAUGACAUGGACAGCGAUGACAGUGACGAGUCCUACUCCACCUUUCGCUCCUCGUCGACUCUCUCGGACUCCGGCGGCUCUGGUUACAUGACGCCGGACGACAUACCGUCCACGUCCCACUCGCCGAGGAGAAUCUCGGAAUCUUCCAUUUCAUCCCAGGGGGGUUUGGAUCCCAUGGAGGGACUGGAUGAUAAAACCAAAACCUUCAUGAGUUUUACCAAUGAUGCCUUUCAGACUCCGCUUCCAAUAUUGAGAGCAAUCUAUGAAAAGUCUGGCCACAGCCUCGAGGCCAUGGAGGUUAAGAUACAGGAAUGGUUUCUGGAUGAGGAUGCGCCGGGCGUGAGCAGCGAAGUCAAGGAGCUGGCCAAGCGAUGGGAGCCCAAAAAUACUGGCGACAAACCCUCGCGUUUGGAUCUGAAAUCGGUAGACUCUGGAGUGGUCUCCUUCAGCGCUUCUAGCUCACUGCCAAAGCCGGCUGUCACUCCUAAUGAAGCUGAACCGGAGCCUUGCUUGGACGGCUCGUUGAAACUCAUCGCGAGUUCUGAGAAGUCACUGAGAGAGUUUUACCAUAAGCAGCAGAGAUCCAAGAGUGCCGCCUUGCUGAAGAAAGAGCUGAACUCUCUUGACAAGAGCCCUUCCAGGGAGCAUCUACACAAAGUCAACUAUGCAAUCUCCAUCAUGUAUGCGCGUCACCUGCUAGCAGCGCUGCUUGCUGAUUGGCCAUCAGGCCGUGUCAUCAAUACCUCCACCUUGGGCUGUACCGAGCCUGCUCAGAUCGUCAGCAUGCUGGAUCUGCUUCAACGAGGAGAGGAGAAGGAAGUCCUGAGUAAGGUUGUGUCCAACAUAGUCACCCACUGUGAGCCUGAACUCUUAGCACCUCUCACCGUAGCUGCCUGUACAUUCAUGGAGGAGGCUAGCAUGGCACCAGUCAUCAGGGAGUCACUUCACAAAUACAAGAACAAUACAAAUGACGAGGGUCACGUGACGAUACGCGGCGCCACUUACCUCAGCAUCCGGUUUGACGAGCGCUGCAGCACCGAGAGCGAAUGCGACAUCCUGACGUUUGCAUCGGACCCAAACUACAAGCAUGAUAAGCAUGACUUCAGCGGAGGUCGGGAGAACUGGAUUGACUUUGAGAUGCAAGGCGAUGUGCUUUACUUCAAGUUUGUGUCUGACAGCAGUAACAAUGACUGGGGUUACAAGUUCACUGUCAUUGGCAACAGGCUAGGAAGAUUUGACACCGGCUACCUGAUUCUGAACACAGUGCUGUCCAAGCAGGAGUUGACAAGGCAUAUAGCACUUAAGGAGCUGUGGGCUUGGCUGGUGCACGUCGCAUGUCGGCAGACAGCUCAGUACAGACUCAAGACAGUCCAGAUUCUACUACAGGUUCUGCAUACACUCACCAGCGCAAAAUCAGCCAGCGAGUCGGCAACCAUCGACGUGGCAACGGCCCCUGACCUGGGUCUCUUGAAACCCCUCCUGAGGUUGCUGGACUCCAUGAAUGAGAAGCUGGUACCUGACGCUGUAUCUACCACGCUACCGCCAUUACAGCGCGCCCUGACGGAACUCUUCAUGAGAGCCGAAAACCUGGCUCUUGACUGGGGAUUUCAGGAGGAGUAUGCCUUGGCCAUGAUAGACGAGAAAUGUGUCCUAGCUGCUAUUGCCCAGGGAAUUAAGAACGUAGCUGCUUUAGGUAUUGCCAUCGGCCUUCCCAACAAAGCAACGAAGGAGUGGCAGCAACUCAAGCCUUCAUCCAAGACGGAUUAGGUAUGAAGACAGACUUCAAGAUCAUAACCGCUUCAAGAAUGCCCAGCUGUACAAACAUAAUGAACAGACUCACAAAACAAGGCAAUGUCACCAUCAUCUAGUCAUGAACGACACACUGUUGGGUUUCAUGCCCUAUAGACCUUUAUCAUGCUGCCACCAUUUCAGUCAUGCACCCUGUAUCCAAUGACAGUACUGAAUGAUACUGUUUUUUGAGCAAAAAGGAACCAGACUAUUUUUCCUUCCGGCCUCGCUUUGGUUACAUUGAUUUGAAUGGGAAAAAAAUCAAGAUGGCCGCAACAUGAUAAUGGACUAUUGACCCAACUUGACAGACCGUUCUGGAUUUAACCAUUAGCCCCAUGCGGACUUUCUUCUGGGAACUGGCGGCUUUUUGAAGUAGAAUUUAAACACUUGAAUCAAGAGUUCAAAAGUUGCUGCCAAAAAAAAAAAAAAAAAAGAGGAGAAAUAUUUUAGUUUCUUGUUCAACUUAGCCAUUAGGCGUUAUUACCGCAUUUUGAGAUGCGGCUGCCUGAAAAAUAAACUACAAAUUGAAUUUCUAAGCAAAUCAUAAGGUAUUAGCUUCCCAUUGACAUUUUGCACACAAACUAUGAUGAGUAACAUAAACCUUAUGCCCGCAUCAGUAAUGUACAUCAAAUGUCACUGUUUCAGACAUACUAAUGAAAUGCAUGUUUCUGGAACACCAAAUAGACUAAAACUAAAGUUAAAACUUAAGUUAGUUCAAAAUUGAUUUUCUUCCACAAUUUAUUAGCGAGGGGGAAAUCCAAUCAAUUGAAUUUUCCAGCCAAGCAAGCUUUUAAGAAAUACAGAGUACAUGUAUUUAGAACUAUGAGGACUUGUGACCUUAAUGUUCCAAUGCAAUUCUAUGUAUAGUCUAGACGCGAUUUCCCCCCAAAAAGGAGAAAUUUUUGUUUGGCCUACGCAGCAUGAAACACAUACCAGCAUCUCAAGUGCGGAUGCCGAAAGCAUUGCCAUUUUGUUUUCUUUUAGGUUUUUGUAUCAGAGUACACCAUACCUGCCUUAUUAAAGAGUCUAAUGAUGAAACAAUAGCCAUAAUUAAGUUAGAUGCACUAUGGUUAAAAUGUGUUAAAGCUAUAGUCCAUCAUUUGCAGCCAUCCGAAAAAGUAACUGGCGUAUUAUUGUUGAAAAACAUACUUGGUUGAAAGAUAGUAA